AUGCAACUUUCGUCGAUCAUCGCUGUCACCUUUUUCGCCCAGUCCAUCCUAGCUAGUACGAAGCCAUUGGGAAACCAAAAUCCGCCUACUACGGCUGCAGGUAACCGGGUGGCCGCCGACCUUGAUGAUCCGGAUAAAAUUCCUUACACAGGUCAAUGGGGCCUUUGUAUGACGCAUUGUAAAGCAACUUAUGUCGGUUGGUGGUGGAACAGAGACGAGGAUUGCAGAAAGAGGUGCAACGACCUGCGUGGGAAAUAA